AUGUCUGGUAAUAACAAGAAAGGAACUCCACAAAGGAAACAACACGCUGUAUCAUCUCCAUCUCAUCCUAAACAAAGAGUGGAAGUAUUCAGCCCAUCUGAUUCAUCUUCAUCAGCUACCGACACAACAGCUAGAAUUUAUGCUGAUGACCGUAUCGCCAACCCUGAAAACCAAAAUUCCGGUCUUGUAUCUUCAGGUGCUGCUGCUCUCGCUAAUGCUCUUAAUCUUAAACAAUCUGAUUCGAACAACUAUUUCGGUACUGGUAAAAGAGAGAGAGAUUCUGAAGGUAUUUCAUUGAAAGAGUACCUACGUGAUUGCUAUCAAUCAAUCACUGGAGAAUCAAUUAAUGACGAGUUAUCUUCAGAUGAUAUAUUUGAGUUGAUAUUGUCAACUUCUAAUGAACAAUAUUCAGCUGACUCUGAAUUCAAGAAUAGAAUGGCUUUUCUACAAAGAGUGUUCAGAGAAGAAGUUGACGCCCCUGUUCCUGAUGUCUAUGGUGGAAAAGAAUUUAGAAGUAAAGGUUAUCCUUUACUACUUGCCCAAUCUCAUAUUAUUGUACAAGUUUGUAAAAGAUUGAGAAAUGGUAACUCUUUUGAUUUAGUUGAAUGGCUUCAAGCUAUUGAAUUCAUCCAUAAUAUUGCUGACUUAAAUUGCAUUGCCAUUAAAUUGGGUGCCGGUUCUGGUGGUUUUGAAGCUGCAAAGGAAUUUGUCAAUACUUAUAAAUCUGGUGGCACAAUCGACAAUAUUACAUCCAAACAACAACAAAAGGCCAUUAAGAAAGGUGAGAAAUUGAGAGAAGAAAGACCAAAGAAAAGUGGAAGUGGUAAUGUUUCUCACUCCACAAGUUAUUUGCUUGUUGGCAAUGCUAAUAGCCAUGGAUCUGAAGCCAUUAUUUUGAUAAUCGCAUUAAUCAACUCCAUUUUUAACCCUUUAAAAUAUUACGAUUAUCAAAAUACAACGCUAAAUAACUCUGCUUCCAAAACUAUUCCGAUGUAUGAAUCUAUUUAUCAACAAGAUCAUCAGGAUAAUCUUCAAUGA